CUCUCCUAUUUUCCGGUUGCGGUGCAGUCCCGUCUGUCUCUGCCCUCCUCACAAAAACCAAAAAAAUUUCCCUUUUCUCCUUCAUCCAUUCAUUCAUCAAUCCAUCGUCGCUCUAUUUUUUUCCUCCGACGAUUUUAUCUUCUCAAAUUCUUUUUUUUAUCCUUUGAAAAAUCUCAAAAAAUCAAAAUCAGUUAUUAUGGCUCAAGUUCAGUCUCCUCCUGCUCCUGUUUCGGGCCCAAACGGGUCAGUUAACCCGAAUACUAGUGGUGGUGCUACUGGUGGUAGUGGUGGUGCUGGUGGUGGUGCUGGUGGUGGUGCUUUUGUUACGACGUCGCUUUAUGUCGGUGACCUUGACAUUAACGUCAAUGACUCACAGCUUUACGAUCUGUUUAACCAAAUUGGUCAGGUUGUUUCUGUUAGGGUUUGCAGAGAUUUAACUACUCGUCGAUCUCUUGGUUAUGGUUAUGUCAACUUUAGCAACCCUCAAGAUGCUGUGAGGGCAUUGGAUGUGUUGAACUUCACUCCUCUUAAUGGGAAAAGUAUUCGAGUCAGUUAUUCUCAUCGAGAUCCUAGUAUUCGCAAAAGUGGCACUGGGAAUAUAUUUAUUAAGAAUUUGGACAAAGCCAUUGACCAUAAAGCGUUGCAUGAUACAUUUUCUUCCUUUGGGAACAUCCUGUCAUGCAAGAUAGCUACUGAUUCAAAUGGUCAGUCAAAGGGAUUUGGGUUUGUUCAGUUUGAUACUGAUGAAGCUGCUCAAAAAGCCAUUGAGAAGUUGAAUGGAAUGUUGAUUAAUGAUAAGCAAGUGUAUGUUGGGCAAUUCGUUCGUAAGCAGGAAAGGGAUACAGUUAUGAGCAGGACAAAAUUCAACAAUGUCUUUGUGAAGAACAUGUCUGAAUCAACUACUGAUGAGGACUUGAAAAAUGUUUUUGGUGAAUAUGGACCUAUUACCAGUGCUGUGGUGAUGAGGGAUGCGGAUGGGAAAUCGAGAUGUUUUGGGUUUGUUAACUAUGACAAUGCAGAUGAUGCUGCCAUUGCCGUCGAGGCAUUAAAUGGUAAGAAAUUUGAUGACAAAGAGUGGUAUGUGGGGAAGGCUCAGAAGAAAUCUGAAAGGGAGCAAGAAUUGAAGGGAAAGUUUGAGCAGAGCAUGAAGGAAGCUGCCGACAAGUAUCAGGGUGCCAAUUUGUACAUCAAGAACUUGGAUGAUACAAUUGAUGAUGAGAAGCUCAAGGAGUUGUUUGCAGACUAUGGAAAGAUUACUUCUUGCAAGGUUAUGCGUGAUCCUAGUGGAAUAAGCAAGGGCUCUGGCUUUGUGGCAUUUUCGAGUCCUGAAGAGGCUUCUCGAGCUCUUGCCGAGAUGAAUGGAAAAAUUAUUGUCAGCAAGCCUUUGUACGUUGCCCUUGCACAAAGGAAAGAAGAAAGAAGAGCUCGUUUGCAGGCUCAAUUUUCACAAAUGAGGCCAAUGGCUAUGACACCUUCUGUGGGUCCCCGAAUGCCCAUGUUCCCUCCAGGAGCUCCUGGUAUCGGACAGCAGAUAUUCUAUGGGCAAGCACCACCUAUGAUCCCUCCACAAGGUGGAUUUGGCUAUCAACAGCAGCUUGUUCCUGGAGUGAGACCCGGAGCAGGUCCAAUGCCCAACUACUUUAUGCCAUAUAUGCAGCAGGGACAGCAGGGGCAGCGCCCAGGGGGAAGACGUGGUGCAGGUCCCGUGCAGCAAAAUCAGCAGCCUGUUCCCAUGAUGCAGCAGCAGAUGCUUCCAAGGGGGCGUGUCUACCGUUACCCGCCUGGGAGAAACAUGCCAGAUGUCCCAAUGCCUGGAGCUAUGCUUCCUGGAUAUGAUAUGGGUGGUAUGCCUUUGCGUGAUGCGGGGAUCGCCCAGCCUGUUCCCAUUACUGCAUUAGCUACUGCCUUGGCAAAUGCAAGUCCUGAGCAGCAAAGAACGAUGCUCGGAGAGAGCUUGUAUCCCCUGGUUGAUGCCAUUGAGCACGACAAUGCUGCCAAGGUGACUGGUAUGCUACUGGAGAUGGAUCAGACAGAGGUUCUGCAUUUGCUCGAGUCACCAGAUGCAUUGAAGGCAAAAGUUGCAGAGGCUAUGGAAGUUCUGAGGAAUGUAGCGGCGCAGCAAGGUAGCAAUGCUGCUGAUCAGUUGGCUUCAUUGUCUCUUAAUGAUAACCUGGUAUCUUAAGAUACAACAACCGCAUCCAUUGGAUUGCAGCAUCUGAUGGAAAAAUUCCUUCUUGUAGUUUAGGGUUUAGGUACUUUUUCAAAACAGCAACUUGACAUAUUUUGGGUUCUUAUUCUGUUUUGUUGCUGAGAGUGUCGUUCUUUUUUGUUUGAAUGAUUGUGAUACUUUUAUUUGACUCAACUGUUUUGGCUUUGAAA